AUGACUACCAAAGCGGUGCACUUAGAAUCAGUUUCUUCCCUCUCGACUGAGGCCUUCUUGUUCACGCUAGAUAGAUUCGUGGCUCGUCGUGGCCUACCGUCUUCGAUCUAUUCAGAUUGUGGCACCAAUUUUGUCGGUGCGGCGAGGCAGCUGCGAGAGUUAGUCAAUCAACAUGAUAGUAGGGAUCAGCUGUCGGGUCAUAUUCCAUGCGAAUGGCAUUUUAACCCUCCUCGUGCUCCAAGUUUCGGAGGAAUUUGGGAAGCUGUUGUAAAGUCGGCUAAGUCAUUGCUUGUUCGUGCAAUAAAUUCCCGAGUUUGGACUUUGGAAGAGUUCAUAACUUUGUUGUGUACGGUAGAGGCUGCCUUGAAUUCGCGUCCCUUAGUCCCAGCAUAA